UCUCAACAGGUGGCCAUGAGGAGAGAUCUGGCGGAUAUCACUGAGGAGGUGGGGAAUCGAGUCAGAACAAGUGGUAUGAACCAUGUAAUGGUGAGCGGAAGUUAUAGAGAAGGAUUCAGAUUACCAGGAUCAGAUAGGGACACCAUGUUUUGGCCGACUGACCACCUUGUAUUUUGGAACGUAUCACAGUUUCAAUUCUACAACAUACACAGAAAGACUUUAAUUCUCUGUGAUUGUUCUGAAAGUCCACCAGGGUUCGCUUUACUUCAGUUACUGACGCCAAAACUUCCAAUUAUUUUAUCAUGCAUCACAAUGAAAGGUAAACCUUUUAUAUCUAGUUCUAAAUACCGACAAUUUAUGUGUUCCACAAUAUUUCCUAAAUCCACAAUUCAUGGACCAUGUGGCAGCGGAUCUAUAGGAAAUUUAGAAUAUGAUGAAGCCCACUGUUUUGCCUGUGAUUUUUGGCCUCCGUCUGCCUCCUCAUGGAUAGACAGAUGUCACUCAUGGCCCAAGCCUAAUAUCAUUGAUGAUAUAGUGCAAAAUGGAUGUCACUUUGUAGCAAUAGGACACAAAUUAGGAAAUCAAGAAGACAACGAAUGGAGAAUUUCAUUCUCUCUCGCAGAACAAAAACUUGUGUGUGCAAUGAACCAUUGCCAAUUUAUAAUUUAUGGUUUGCUUAAAUUGUUCUUAAAGGAAGUCAUUAACAAUGGAUUAAGUGAUGAAGGUAAAUUACUAUGUUCCUAUCACAUGAAGACAACAGUUUUCUGGGUGAUUCAACAAAAUACAAUACCUCACUGGUGUCCACAAAAUUUCCUGGAAUGUUUCUGGAUCUGCUUGAAACUCAUUCUAAAAUUUGUGUAUGAGGGAGUCUGUCCUAACUUUUUCAUUCCUCAAAACAACAUGUUCCUGAGUAAGGUCUAUGGAAAAGCACAAAGAAAUUUAUUUAUUAGACUGUAUAGAUUGUAUGAGGAAGGCUUAGAGUGUCUGCUACACAGUUUCUCCAUCAGUUCUCAUAUUGUAAAUGCCCUCGAUAGCCCCACACUCUUAAUUAGUACAGAUAAACACACUCUCAUAUCGGAAAUGGAAUUUGAUGUUGAAAUUUUUAGGGAGUUAUAUCAUAGGGGGGCAUCAUAUCCACAUGAUCUACACAGCUGUAUGAUGCACCUUCAUGUUAUUGAAAAGCUGAUAGCCUCUCCUCUCAAACAGUAUCAAGUUGUAAUGUUACAAAAACUUACAUCAACCAUUCUUCAAAGAACUGCUUAUAUAUUACAUAACAUGUACAUUACCACAGGUGUAAACAAAGGCAUUUACAUUAUUGACAAAAUGUCCUGUCAUAUGUUGAAAUUAUCAGCCAAGUAUGGUUGUAUAUCUGAUAUGUCAUACAUAGCCAUGUAUUAUUACAAGACGUUUAGAUAUACGAAAGCAUUAUCUGUUACAGAGAAUAUAAAGGCAAAGUUAGCACAACCAUACGUGAUGUAUAAUUUUACAGGAGAUGCAAACUUGUACACUGAGGCUGUAGGGGGACAGUCCUGGUCUACAAAGAUGAGGCAAGCCGUGGCAUGGGAAGUUGGACUUGAGAAUUUUAGCUGCUAUAUCAAUGAAUUAAUACCAGAACAUAUAAGUGGCCUACGAAACAUGGAACCGUUGUUAAUAAUUCCACCAUCCAUACUGGUGCACAUGUUAGAGGUAUUGUGCUACAGAAAUACCAACAAAAAAAGAGGACAAAAAGCCCUGAAGGACCUAGUUCACUAUAUUCAGAGACAGCCUCUAUGUUUACAAUGCGGGGACAUAUCCUGGCAGAUUCUGGGAAUCUGUCAACAGGUGACAGGGAAUUUCCAGGCUGCUCUUUAUUCAUACCAACGUUCACUCUACCAGAUGCCAUAUAACAAAAUACAAACUGCCACAAUUAUCAGAAUUAUAAUAGCAAUCUAUAGACUCUUUAAUGCCUUUUAG